AAAAAAAAAAAAUAUUUGUGACAUUGGUCACAAAGGGUCAGAAAGUGGUCAUUAAUUUAAUUGCUUUUAUCUAUCUCAAAAUACAACCCUUGUACCUUUUUGCAAUAUUCCAUACUCUUUGACACAAUCUACCAUUUUGAAAUGGAAAUGUGAAUAUUUUAUAAUAUAUAUUCUCAAACCCUACAUUUCCUAGUGUUCUCAAACCUUCACAUCUACUAUAGGCCCUUCAGUAGGUCUAGGUCUUAACCAAAAUAAUUGUAAUUUACUGAUUACCUUAUUAUAGGAAAUUCACAUUCCACUGAAAUAAAGCGAAUUUAAAAAAAUUCAUGUUAAUUAAAAUAUAUCCUAAUUAAGUUUAUUUAUAAUUUGUAAUACAUUAAUUAUGGUAAAUGUUAAUUUAGAAAACGUUAAAUUAGUACUGAAUCUUAUGAAAGAACGAAUACAAAAUUUAAGGAAUUUCAAAACCAUACUCUGUUUAUUAAAAAAAAGUGCCACAUGUUUAGUUGUCUUCUUUGAUCACGGUUAGGAAUUUUUUUCAAUUCGUUCAUUGUUCUCUCUAGCCGUAAAAGCUUGCAUGCUUGAUGAUAAUAGUAAAUGGAAUAUUUCUGAGCAGCAAAUUACCCAAAAAUAUGUCUUUCAGGAUCCGCGUUAAUUAAGUAGAGUAAAUGGAAUAUUUCUGAGCAGCAAAUUACCAAAAAAUAUGUCUUUCAGGAUCCGCAUUAAUUAAGUUUAUUUGAAUACAUUAGGCCCAUAUUUGCGUAAAUUUUAUUUGUUUUGACACACGCUGUGCAAAAAUUUAUGUUAAUUAGAUACUCGAAUACAAGUUUUAAUAUCUGCCAACGUUAAUUUCCUAUAAUAAGGUAAUUGAUAAUCUACUAAAAGUAAUGCUUCACGUAAGAAUUAAUGCAACAUAGCAGCAAAUGCAUGCUGGCAUUUGUCAAAAAUACCUUUGUUUAUUCUAGAAUUUCGAUUGGCCAAGACAAAAAAGUAUAGCAUAAAAUACAACAUAUAUCACAACAUGAUUCAACAUGUAGUUGAAGAUUUUGGAAAUUUUCAUUAACUUGGUUGGGUACAUUUCGGUUUACUAUUGUUUGUAUGAUGCAGCUUUUUUUUGGUAAAUUUUAUGUGGGGAAUCUUGUAAAUAUUAGACAACUUGUUGAAUAACUCACCAGAGAAAAUCACAAAUAGGGAAGGACAUGUUUCACACAGUCUUUAAAAUAUUGCUUCACUACCCUCUAUAUGUCUGUCUGCGGUAAUGUAUUGUUUUGUACAAAAAGAUACUAAUGAGGAAAGCUAUGAUAAAGCUUUUUGCUGUAGGACAACACUAGCAUGACAGUGAAAUUGAUAAUCAAAAAGGUAAAUGUGAGCAUAUAGCAUAAAAUGAGAUUAAAUAAAAUCAAAUAUGCAUAUUCUCUGCCAUUAUACUCAAUGUUUACAGGUUUAACUGUCACAAAAAUGAGCAACCAUUGAGAAGUUAAAAAAAAGGAGAUAAAAAAGACAUCACAGUUACAGUCACUGUGCAUCUGCAUCUGUAUCUGUAAAUCCAUGAAAAUGCCUUAGACAACCUAGUAAACUUAAACCUCGGACAAUAAUUCCUGUAUAGCUCUAGGUAAUUUGAAUUUCUUGUGUCAGUGUAACAACAAGAUAUAACACAUGUCUUAGGUAAUGCCUAGAUGCUACACACAUGUGCAUAUGUUAUUUCAGUUAGGGUGAGACAAACCCCCAGGGUAUAAUAAUAUUUGUACUAAUACAUAAAACAUAUGAUGACCAUUCCUCAUUCACAACUACUGUUAUCUUCAGUGAAAAAUAUCAACUUAGAGAACUUUCCACCUUUCUCGUUUUAUUCUUAUUAUAUUUAGUUAUAUUUAGCUUCCUUUUUUUAAAUUUGCUCUCUAUUUUGCUUAAAUUGCAUAAAUUUCAACCUCUUUUAAAAAAUAAUCACCUGUCAAAUUCUUUAGGGUGAUGAAGUUUUUAAAAGGUAAUCAGUUGUGGGAGGGAAAAAUAUUAUUUAGCAAAAGGCUUCAGGAAGCCAUAGAACUUGAUGUGUCUUAGAUCCAGGUGCUUGCAAUAUGGAUAGGAUAAUGUCUUUUUUAGUGUUUGCUUUUAAGUCUCUUCAUUUUCCUCAAGUUGAAUGGAUCCCAUCAACACUAAGGCCAGUGGAAAACUUACAUUUAAUCUCUACUUAAUCCAUUCUCUUUUUUUCUCCUUUUUUCAUUAUCUUUUUUUCUAAUUUCCAGGUUCAUUCUAGUCUUUUUUUUUUCACAAACUGCACGCAGUGUAUCAAAAGGAUUUUCUUAUUCAUAAACAACAUCUAUUUAAUAUUUCCCUUAUUUUCCAUACUUGCAAUAUAAACAAUCAUCAGUUGUCAGGUAACAAUUUUUCAUUUCCUUUCAGCCUGUGAUUGAUUACUUUCCUGCAUUUUGUAUUUGUGUAUUUCUCUGUCUAAAACUAGCAAAACUAGGUCAAAUCUUGCAUUCACAUUCAAUUUGUAAUCCGUUCACAUUUUAAAAUCUGAAAUAAAAAAUAUAUAUUUGUUGUAAAAUAUCUAAUAUAAAGUAUUUUGUUUUUCUCUAGCUAAUAAUAGUGCUCUUUUUAGCUUGUUGAUACUGAACUACUUUUCUGCUGAAAAGUCGACUCACUUGAGCCAGAGUUGUUUACUCAGCCGCAUGUUGACACUCAAGAGAGAAACAUGUCUAAUCAGAGACAGAAUUAAUUUCUUCAACUGAUUUGGAUGUGAUUUCCUGAAGAGUUCUUAGAUAUAAUUUAAAAUGUGAAAAUGGAAUUGUGGAUUCUCAUAUUUAUCUGUCUUCUGCACAACCACAAAAACAAGUUCACAUAAUGAUGGCUUGUGGAUGGGUCUAUGAAAGAUGCAGGGUCUUUAUAUUCAAGGUCGUGGCUUCUCCUCUAGAGGUGGGUUUGAAACCCUUCACCCCCUCCCUGAGAGGCCAGAAGAAUCAGUGCCUCUCUCAUAUCUAGAGACUGUCCGUGAGGCCAUUAACAGUUAUCGGACAUCGGACACAAGUGGACGGUCAUCACCAACAACUGAUCACACCAAUAGCCUUAACAAUAGUUUAUGGGCAUCCAACUCUUGGUCGACAAAUACUGGAAAUUUGACAGGGCGCAGUAGUGUAUACUCAUGGGGCAAUGAUGAUGAAUUUGACAGACAAGCCUCAGCAACAGUCCAGCGAAUGUUUGAUGAGAUCAACAACAUGCUGUUUGAAGGAAAAGGGUUUAAUGGGAGUUCACAACUGCUUUUAGAGUGUCAGGAGUGGUGUACGAAGUUUCCACAUCUAAGGAUUUGUGGUGUUCAAAGUGUUCACCCUCAAGAUGAGGGAACACAAUAUGUCCCAUUACCGCCUGAUGAUCCACGUGUCUACAACUACCGACCACAGACCUCGGUGCUGGAAGAUAUGGAAGACAUCAGUAUGCUGGAUACUCAGGGGCUGUUGGUGGAAGGUUUUCACUUGGAUCCCUCGCCCAUCACACAAAAUGACCGAUUUGUGAUUGAUUCAGAUGGGGAGAAUUUGUAUGCAGAUCUGGAGGAGGAGGUUAUUGAUGAAGAUGGAGAGUUUGAGGAGUUCUUUGCUUAUGACUGCCCUGCACUCGAUGAAGAGAUGGUGACUUUCAAGAGUAAGCACAGGCGAAGAAGGAACCGUCGGCUUGGCCUGCCACCUGUGACGCCCAAUGCCUGUGCCAAAGAGAUGCUUACCAGCCAAAUGUUUGACUUGAUAUGGGGGGAGAUGGUGCUAUGGCUCAGGAGCUUACUAUCAAUAUAUUCACAAAAGCUUUUACGAGAUAAACUACCUCACUACCUGCCGGAUGCUGUAAGGCAACAGGAGCGAGCAGUUGAUAGCCCACUUAGACCAAUAUCCAGGGAUGUUAGCUCAAGAAUCAGCCACUUUCCUUCACAACUGCGUCUGCGAACAGCAACUGGUUUGAACCCCCCUCUGGAUAUGAAGGGCCUAAAGGAUGUGAUGAUGAUCAAAUCAUUGGCACUUCAGCACAGAGCACCCUCUGCGGCCACUUUCCACACGUUAGAAAGUCGUGAAGGAACACCUUACAUACAGGCAAGACCUGGUUCAAGUAGCACUGUUGCAUCACGCAUAUCCAAAUUUGGCGGGAAAAUGUCAGAGCACGUUUUGUAUAGACUACAGUCAGCCAGAACAAAGCGGAAUCCCACAAGUCAGAGGCUGGUUCCUUUAGACCGAGAGAGACCAAGAACCCCCAAUCCACAGGAGGAUGUAAAAUCUGAAAUUGUCCGAGGAACGAAAUUAUUUACGGGAAACGAUAGAUUAUCCUCCCCGCCACAUCCACUCAAUGCGUCCUCCCCCCAGCCCUGGGGAGCACGAAACGGCACUCUCCCACCCCUAGACAGGACAGUCACGUACGCUGAGUCUAUCUCCCCCAUUCCUAGCGGUGCAUCGUCAAAUCCUGCAAGAAGUAGUGCGAAAGCGAAAGUACAUUUUAACGUUCGCGCAUCAAGCGCUGCCACCGACGACUCCAGAAGAAGUUUGCGAGAAAAAGUUCCCAGCUUUUCAGAAGCGCGGCCCAACACGACGCAUUCGUUUCGGACGGACACUCCUGGUACAAAUCGCCGACUGUCCACGCCAAUGAGUAACCACAACCGAGGGGUACUAAGCUCAAGACAGCCUCUGGACCUUGGGGGGAUCACAGGCGUGAGCAUGUCAAUCACUGCUGGUCACCCUAGCAACGAACACGCCCCAACACAAAGUCAACAUGGUGAUGGCAGAAAUGCUUCACCUGUCAGCGAUGAUGCAGAUGAAAUGGAUGGCUUUUUUGGCCAUCCAAGUCAUCCCCAAAGACGAGGAAGACUGGGCGCGAUUAGGUAGUAGCCGAUGUAAAGGCUAGAAAAACAUAUUUAAAUUAUUGGAAUACUUCCUGAAAUCCCUAACCACUGCCUGUGAAGAAAUAGUCCUGUGAGAACUAGAACUGAGAAUUAGUGUUUGGACACUAGAAAACUACACGAAAGCGUGGGAGAGAUGGCGUUCCACUAUCGACGUCUGUGAAAAAAGCUGAAGCCAGAUUGUGAAAGACUUUCUCGGGAAGGAAGCUUUGAUCGAACAUAGGCCAUGAGCUUAUUCGAAUAAAUACGGUAAUUCGCCAAGAUAUGUGGCGAAUUUCUUAGUUCUUUUUGAAAAGGCUCAUAGUACUUUCCUCGGCGAGCUCCUCCUUCAGGAUUAUCCCUAGCAAGCAUCGAUCCCAAAUUUACUUCUCUACACACCCCAUCUAAGGUUUUACUUAUUGGCAAAUAUAGUAGUUUAUAUUGUACAUAUUAAGGAAUUUGUCGGGGUGGAUGUUUUUUGUGCAUCUACUUGGCAUAAUAUUUAUUUGAAGUUAGCCCUUUUCUAAGUGGACCACAAUCUUCACGAUUUCUAACCUUAUAAGAAAGCCUGGGAAAGAGUCUUAAAAGGAUAAUUUACGGGGCUUUUUUUCCCUUGAGUGUCCAUUAGUUACACAGCGACAUGAAAACAUUCGUUGCUUAUUCAUAUGCUCCCGUCUUUGUGUUGCUGUUAAACUAGCGUACUUCGUCGCCCUCUAUAUCCUUUUGUCGCUAGUAUGAACCAUUUUGAUCCCCUAUAUACUACUGUUUACUGUGCUACCGUCACCGAGAACCUAUCUUGUUGCUGUCAGCGUUAUAUUGCUUUGGCCGCCUAGUCCCAGGCGUUCUUACGCGGGUUCCUGGUUGGAUGUCCUGUGGUCGGUAAAAGUUGUGGCGUCACGGGGCCCUAGCGCUUUCGCCGUUAGUUAGGGAGCACAGGAAACCCGUGAAGGUUAGAACGCCUCUGGCUGGGCUGAUUUUUGUCUGCUUUUUAGACUCUGGAUCCGACCAGCGUAACGCAUGUCUUCGGUUUAUUCUGAAUAUCGAACCAUCUGUAAUGUUAUCCAUACCUGGUUGUAUACCUUAGCUAUAAAAUGGUACCGUUUUUCUUGUAAGAAUUUGCUUCAGAGUGAUUCAAGUUGAUAUAGUUCGCUUCUGAAAUACACACAUCUCAUUUGUAUUUUUUUUUCUGCGUCAGAAAAAGAUGUCUCGCGCAGGUCGGAUUCAGUGUUAAAUAGGCUUGCAGAAGUGUCUAUGACAGCGUGUUACGCCUAGGCUGGGGGGAGGGGAGGGUACUACUUUUACGGGAGGGGAGGGUCAUUACAAAGAGGAGGGUUUAUGUUUUGAAUAGUAUAUUACGUACAUAAUAAACUUGACAAUCAUAUCGUA